AUUUAUAGAGACGAUAAUAUUUUAAACAAAAAGAACGAGUUAAUACACCUUUUUCAAAAGUCUGGGUUUUAAGCGGGUUGAAUCGGUGCUACCAUGCGCACGAAAAUUUCGGGUAAAACAGUCCGUACGAAAAGUUUUGCAAGGGAAGUCUCAAGUUUUUCAGUGCCAGACGCUUUCAAUUUUCGUGCUAUAAUUGUCUUUAAAAUACUUAUGGCUUAUCAUUGUGCUGUGUUUAACAGUGCCAAUGGCGCUUAUAAAUUGAAAAAAUGGAAGGAAGCUGUUUGUGAGGAUCACAAUGUAAAAAAAAGUGAAUGUUCCUGUGAACCACCAUUUAGACUUUACCCAUUUCCAACAACAAAAAAGAAUCCAGAAAAGAGAAAAAUGUGGAUACAGCUACUUAACCGACUUGCCCCUGGUUCAAAAGAUAAGUUGUUUGAGCCCAGUAAAGAUGCAAGAGUUUGUAGUGAACACUUUCUUGAUGGUAAGCCCACUGAGUGCAAUCCCCAUCCUACUGAAAAUAUGGGUUAUGAUUCUCGAAAAAAAACCUCACUUUUAUUUAAAUCCCCUUCACAGAAAAAGCCACGAAAAAAUGCAAAAGCGUAUGGUGAUGCUGAUAAUUGCCUACAAAUAACUGAAGAUGUGAAUAUUACCAACCUUGAUGAUAAAAAUAAUGUGGAUAACAGCAUUAGCACCUUUGUUCACGUAACAAUAAUAAUAGCAAGUUUUAUAGCUCUUAUAAUGAUGUCUCUUAAAAGAUGUUUAAAUGUAGAGAGGGAAAACAGAGAACUUAAGAAUAACAACAUAAAGUUAAAGACAAAAUCUGCAAAAUUAUCACAUUUGCUUAACCAAACAAAGUUGCGAAAAAGAACUGAAAAAUACCAUAACCAUAUAUUUGUUCGUAAAAGUGUAUCCAUUUAUAAAGAAAUAAUAACAUCUGAUAAAAAGUGUAACUUUUAUACAAACAUAAACAACCGAGAAGCAUUUGAAUAUUUUCAUGAUGCAAUAAAGCCUCAUGUAUGUCAAAGAUUUCAUCAUACAAAAAGUGAAAAAAAUCAGUUAAAGAAAUUUGGUCGAACACGUAAAUUAUAUUCGAAGGAUGAGUUUUUGUUGGUUUUGACGAAGUUGAGGCUAGGAGUAUUGUUUGAAGACUUAGCAGAUCGAUUCAAAAUUUCAGUGGCAACAACUUUUUCAAUUUUUGCCUAUUGGAUUAGAGCUAUGUCUGAAUUUUUUAGCUGUAUGGUUUAUAUGCCAGACCAAGAAAGAAUCCGAGAAAAUAUGCCCAAACGUUUCAAAAAAUUUAUUGAUCUUGUUGCAAUUAUUGAUUGUUCUGAGGUUUUUAUAGAGACCCCAAAGGAUCUGGAGCUACAAAGUGCUACAUGGUCUGAUUAUAAACAUCAUAAUACGAUGAAGUUUCUCAUUUCGGUUACUCCAAGUUCAUUUAUAAAUUUCGUAUCCGAGCCUUAUACUGGACGAAUUUCUGACAAAGCCCUUACUCUUGACAGUGAAUUUUUAGAUAUUGUGCCACACUACUCUCGUGUUAUGGCUGACAAAGGAUUUAAUAUUGCCAAUGAAUGUGCUGCCCGUAGUAUAUAUUUUACUGUACCACCUGGAAAACGUGGGACAUCACAAAUGACUCCUUCCGAAGUUAGAAAAAUCAGCAAUAUUGCGAAAUUAAGAAUACUAGUGGAACAGGUUAUUUGAAGGGUAAAAACCUUUAGAAUUUUAGCACAUGAAGUACCAAUUACACUUUUGCCUCAUUUGAAGGACAUUAUAGUUGCAUGUUGUGGCUUAUCAAAUGCAAAAUCAGCCAUUAUGAAAGAUUAGACAUGGAACAAUGUAUAUACACACAUAUAUAAUAUCACAUACAUAUAAUAUAUAUACUAAGAACUUUUUCUUGAUAUAGGGAUAUCUUUUGUCAUCAGAAUGUUAUUUAUAAGUGUUGUAUUUAACUCUCUGUGUAUUUUUUCAGGGAACUUGGGUAGAAAUAGAAAUUGUAAAAAAUGUAAUAAUUGAUGAUAGGAUUUAAUUGUUUACAUUUCUUUGUUAGAGAUAGUUACCUGAUCUCUGAACCUUUCUCAAUAGUUUUCAAUGCGUAUAAGCAAAGAAAAGGUUUCCCACCAAACUCUUUACUUUCAUUACGCUGUUGGCGUAGGACUUCUGGCUGUCAUUGACAAAUUUGCCCAACCGAUUGUUUUUUGUAGCAUCCACACUAAAAAUAUAUUUAAAAAAUGUGUAGAAAGGUGCAUCAGCGUACUUUUGAUAAUCCAACGAAAUUCUUACCAUAAUUUUUUUCCAUGGUAAUUAAAAAAGUAAAGAUAGCAUCCUUUUCCUUUCUUUUCAUAGUAUUUUUCCAGUUUAUCACCCUUUUCCGCGGUCACUAAACAUCCAGGAUACUGGAGAAGAAAGUCGCCAGGUAUGAAUUUUUUUAAUGCAAAUACACCAUGGCCUAGAAUAUCAACAAAAUUGAUCAGUGUUUUAUUACCAGCGUGCUCACAUUGGAAGAUAUUUGGAAGAGUUUGUUACAGACUGCAUGAACUAGCGAUCUACCUAUAUAACUGUCGAUCUUUUUGCAAAUGAAAUUGCUUGAGGGAUCUACAUUUGUCAAGCAACAUUGCUCAU